AUGGCUGACGCUUUAGUUGAGCGAAGACCAACUGCUCGUUUCUUCUGCCAUAGGUGUAACAUUGAAUUUGAAGAUGUUUUGCAGGAUUAUACUUGUCCAUACUGUGCGAGUGGUUUUAUUGAACAACUGGAGAAUGAGGCGGAAGGACAUGGGCUGUCGGGUGAUGACUUCAGUGAUGCAGACAUGAGUAACUUGGAAGAUAUGAGUAAUAUUGAUGAAAUGAGCAAUCUAGAUGAUUCAGAUGAUUUAAACCAAAGUACACCACCAAUGUUGAACGACUUGGCGUUUUUCAUGUCCGGCGGUCGGUUACGCGGCCCAGCGCGAAGGCAAACGUUAAUGGAGGAAUUAGUUUGGAUGAUUGGAGGCGUAAGACCAGGCACAGGCGCAGUCACAGCGGGAGCACCUUUCGUGUUCGUGGGAGCGCCAGGAGACUACGUGUUUGGUGGUGAAGGGCUGGAUGCAGUGGUUACACAGUUACUAGGACAGUUGGAGAAUGCAGGCCCACCUCCAUUGCCCAGGGACCAGUUGGCUUCACUGCCCAGCGAAUCGGUGUCUGCUGACCAGGCCGCUGCCAACACAUCUUGCUCUGUCUGCUGGGAGAACUUUUUGGAAGGAGAGUCGAUAUCCCGCUUGGAGUGCGAGCACGUGUUCCACUCGGCGUGCAUCCGUCCGUGGCUGCAGCUGCACGCCACAUGCCCGAUCUGCCGGCGCUCGCUGCUGCCCGACGCGCCCGCCGCUGACGCCGCGCCGCUGCCCGAUACGCCCCCGCAUUUUAUUGAGGACUCUCCACCAAGCAGCCCUACAAGAAAUAUGAAUUUAGCGUCACUUCCCCGUGUAUUACUACGGCGAAUUCCAAGAAGCCAAGUGUCAGGACCACAAACACAAACAUGGGACUCACUUGCAGACUCAAGUAGUUCGUCAGGUUCCACAACUACAACAUCUUCAGUUACAGCUGGGGGAGUUUGGGCUCCCCAGGCCCGUUCUACGAGCAACUCUACCGGUACCAAUUCAACAACAUCCCUCAACUCUAGUAAUGAGAGAGAGCUGAGGGAGCGACAGUACAACAUGGAUAUAGACUACGACUAG